AUGGACGCCAGCGCCGCAAAGCAGCCCGUCAAGCUCGCCCGAGUCGUCAAAGUCCUUGGCCGGACUGGCUCGCGGGGUGGUGUCACCCAGGUUCGCGUCGAGAUGAUGGACGACAACACGCGGAGCAUCAUCCGUAACGUCAAGGGCCCCUGCAAGGAGGAUGACAUUCUUGCCCUCCUCGAGUCGGAGCGCGAGGCUCGCCGUCUCCGUUAAGGACUCAAACGGCGAUACCCGCACAUUACUUCUUCCGUCUCGCAUUUUCACUCUCACGAUCGGUCGUCAUCCAUCUUCCAUCACGUAUGGU